AUGGUGUGGCCACUGCAAAAACUUGGAACGAAUUACGAAAAGGCUGCGAAAAAGCUUAGGGAUGAGGGUAGUUCAAUCAAACUUGCAAAGGUGAAUGCUGAAGCAGAAAAAGAGCUGGCUCAAACGUAUGCUGUUGAUGGUUUUCCCACAUUAAUGGUCAUGCGCCAUGGAAGGAGAUCGGAGUACAAGGGCCCUCGUGACGCUUAUGGAAUUAUUGAUCACAUGAAAGAGUUGGCGAAACCAGCUGCAAAGAAAUGCGCAGAUGGCGGUUUCUAUCGAUUAGGUUCAUGGCGCGAAAGAAGGACGUUACAUUGUAGCAUUUUUUGCUAG